UUUGCAAUAUGGUUUUGUCGCAGAUUGUAUCAUAAUCACGACUGUAUUGUGUUGUCGUCAAUACUAUUUGCUAAGUAAUACUAAAUACCUGAUAAAAUAAAAUGAAAUCAAUAUUCAAAUAUUGACAGAAAAUGGUGUGUCAUUUGUACUCUAAUUAAAAUGGGAUGUGAUGAAGACAUUUUGAAAUGUUUAGUGUUUUGGACUAACUUCAUACUAGCAUUAGUUGGAAUCGUUCUUAUAUCACUUGGAAUUAUUUAUAAAAUAAGUUUAGAAGAAAUUUCGAACGCUAUCCCUAAAGAAUAUGAAGAUCUCAUUGUGAUACCUGUUCUCACCAUACCUCUAGGAACAGUCCUAAUAUUUCUUGCAGUAUUCGGUUGCUAUGGAUGUCUCACUGAGAGGAUCAAAUACGUUGCAUUGUAUAUAGCGAUCUUGCUGGUGGUAUUUAUACUUCAACUUACAAUAGGAGUAAACUCCUUUUAUAAAAUAGGAAACGUAACAGUUUUCCAAAACAGAUUAGACACGACUGUAGAAGAUAUAUUUGAAAAUUAUACCUGCGAAGAAAAUGCUAAUAUUGUUGAUCUCAUACAACACAGAUUGAAAUGUUGUGGGUAUAACGGAUCAAAGUAUUGGAUUGAUAGUAUACCAAGUAGUUGCCGCAAGGUUGAUUCCAAUGAUAUUUUCGAAAAUCCUUGUAACAUUGAAAUAUCUAAUUAUAUACGACAUUGUCAAAUCGUUCUUGGGAUUUCUAUAUGUCUUUUAUCACUAGCUGAGUUUGCCGCUUCAAUAAUCUCCGUGGCUUUUGUUUAUUACCUGAAGAUUCAUACUAGAAGUUUUAUCUUCAUCAAAGACUGCACUUUUGAUAACGGACUGCUUUGACUUUUAUUAAAAUAUUCUUUUUACGCUAUAUUUGUAAUAAUACUUUUUGAUACUAAAAAUAAAUAAUUCUUAAUAAA